CUGAGGAAGAAGGAAGCAAAAGGAUUGGUCUUGCAUUCUGCUUUUGGAGAAGUAGAAAUUGAUGAAAACAAAUUCUGUGGAGAAAUCAGAGAAACCAGGAGUCACAUUUGGGGCAUUUCAUCUUUACUCAUUUCAGAAAAGUACCAACAUGUAUACUGGAGAGAAAUUCUACAAGUGCCCUCAAUGUAGGAAAGCUUUUAAUAAAAGCUCAAAACUCAUUUUACAUCAGAGAAUUCAUGUUGGAGAAAACCCUUAUGAAUGCAAUGUCUGUGGGAAAGGUUUCCAUCAUAGGUCAAAACGUAGCAUACAUCAGAGGAUUCAUACUGGUGAGAAGCCUUUUAAAUGUCAUGAUUGUGGGAAGGCCUUUAAUCAGAGUUCCACCCUCCUUCAACACCAGAGAAUUCAUACUGGUGAGAAGCCUUUUAAAUGUCAUGAUUGUGGGAAGGCCUUUAAUCAGAGUUCCAACCUCCUUCAGCACCAGAGAAUUCAUACUGGUGAGAAGCCAUUUCAAUGUAGUGAUUGUGGGAAGGCCUUUAAUCGGAGUUCCCACCUCUUUCAACACCAGAGAAUUCAUACUGGUGAGAAGCCAUUUAAAUGCGAUGAUUGUGGGAAGGCCUUUAAUCAGAAUUCCCACCUCCUUCAACACCAGAGAAUUCAUACUGGUGAGAAGCCAUUUCUAUGUCAUUAUUGUGGGAAGGCCUUUAAUUGGAUUUCCAACCUCCUUCAACAUCAGAGAAUUCAUACUGGUGAGAAGCCAUUUAAAUGUAGUGAUUGUGGGAAGGUCUUUAAUCAGAAUUCCAACCUCAUUAAACACCAGAGAAUUCAUACUGGUGAGAAGCCAUUUAAAUGUAAUGAUUGUGGGAAGGCCUUUAAUCAGAGUUCAAAUUUAAUUGUCCAUCAGAGAAUUCAUACUGAAAAGGUUAUUAAAAAAUCAUGAAUGUGGUAAAGAUUUCAAUAAGAGAACAAAUUUCCUGGUACAUCAGAGAAUUCACACUGGUGAGGAACCAUAUAAAUGUGAAGGCUGUGAGAAAGUCCUCAGUUUUCAGUCAUAUUUUCUUGACCAUCAGAGGGCCC